AUGAGCAGUAAAAAUGUACGUCUGUCAGACGAAAGGAGUGCUUCAUUGGACCACCGACUCUGUCGACGCUCGCCUCGAGGACGGUGGUUGUGGAAGGCUCCGUCUUGCCUAAACCCCCUCAAUGCACGUGACCGAGCCAACCGGGAGCCGGACACGAACUCGAACUUGCACCCGUUGGUUGUCAGUCUGGUCGGCUGUGUGAGUGGACUGUGUGACUGGCGUCGGCUCUCUGCUGCCGAGCCGCGAAAGAGGGUACAGCUGGCUUGUGUGACUGCAGCUGAGCAUGGGAAAGUUGCACGGCCGACCGUUUGUCUCAGUGACCCUCGCGCAAACCGGCUUCGUCUGCAAAAAUGGCGCUCAGAUUAG